UUCUCUUUUGCUUUCUGAAACACCAGACGGGUGAAAAGAAACAGUUCAGGUGGUUUAAACAGAUCGGUGGAAAGUGUACAACUGUGGUUUUGCAGCAAGAACAGAAGUACAGGAAUGGCUGUAUAUAAAGGUUAUAAAACGUACUCCACCGACAGUGUCGGCAGUGACGUGGUCUUCACAGAUGAAAGUCAUCAUUACCAGGGGAUGCUGAGGGCCAUGGAUGAAAGAAAAGAUGAACGGGAUCGAGUACAGAAAAAGACCUUCACAAAAUGGGUGAACAAGCAUCUGGUGAAGCACUGGAAGGCAGAGGCCCAGCGACACAUCACAGACCUGUACGAGGAUCUCAGAGAUGGACACAACCUCAUCUCGCUGCUGGAGGUGCUGUCUGGAGAGACACUGCCGAGGGAGCGAGACGUUGUCAGGAAUUCGCGGUUGGUGAGUUGGGUCUGAAAAUUUCCGGCUCGCCUCACCGGAAAGGGUGUGUGGCAUGU